AUGGCCGCCCCAAUAGGUCUGCAGCACGUCAACCUCUCCGUGCCAGCCGGCACGCUUGCACUAGCUCAAGAAUUCUACGGAGCAGUCCUCGGCCUUGCCAAUGACCCCGUCCCGCACCUCCAGAAAGACGUGCUGCUCUGGUUUCGCCUCGGUGGGGGCCCUCAGCAAAUCCACGUGUCGAUUGAGCGCAACCCCCUGCCCGCGAUGCACCUAAGUAGCCGGCACCCGUGCUUUGCGCUGCCGGACGGGGCGGCGCUCGUCGAGCUGCAAGGCCGUAUCUACGAGCACCACGUAGCGGGUGGAGCUGCUGCUGCCGUCGAGUGCGAUCGGCCUGGUGCGGACAACUCGGGGUCUAAGGGCGUAGAGUAUCCCGACCGAUUCUUCGCGCGGGACUAUGCUGGGAAUCGGCUCGAGUUUGCUGUACAUUCCAUGUAA